AAAAACGCCCACCGUCUCGUCCGUCUAUAUAAGAGCAUGUCACUAUCUGAGAGAGAGGGAGUAAAAAAAAGUUGUUGAUAAGGUAUGUUUCCUCAGAGCAGCAAAAGGCCAUGAAGUUUAAAGUCCUGUUGUGUUUCUGUGUGCUGAGCCAAAUCCAACAGGUAUUUCUUGCAGAGAUCUUUGUGAACCUGAGCUCCUCUGUUAUCCUGCCCUGUUCGUUCUAUCUUCUAUCCAACGAUGAGGUACUCAACAUCACCUGGUCCUUCAACGGAUCCGUCAUCGCAUCCGAUUAUCACACAAAAAAUGAAACUUACUUGAUCGCAUCAGAAACCCGAUCAAAGGGAUUUUCCCUGAUGAAGCUGUAUAACGCCACACCACACAGUCAGGGUGUGUAUGAGUGCCAUGUGCAGACCAAUCUAACCAAUCAGGUCAGCAAUGUCACCCUGAACAUUUUGGCUCCACCGUCCAUCUUUGUGCCUUCUCCAGAGGUGGUGUUGGGGCGAGAGAGCUUAGUAGAAUGUUGGGCGAAAGGCUUCAGUCCUCCUAAUAUCACAUUCUCCUGGAUGCGAGCAGGCAAAGAGAUCGGAGCUCCUCAAAACUCCAAAACAAUCCACACAGAGGAUGGUUUAUAUGAAGGUGUCAGCAAGCUGGUGUUCAUUCCCGAACUUGCUGAUCGAAACACUACAUAUUCCUGUAUGGUAAACCAUGAAACUCUGAAGAAACCGCUCGUGAGAGAAUUCAGAAUAAACAUCACCAUUGUCCCCAAAGUCAGUGUGUCUGUUGUGCCGUCCUCUUCACGCUCAUCCGCACUCACUUUGGUGUGCGAUAUCAAUGGGUUCUACCCACAGGAUGUGUCUGUGCUGUGGCUCAGAAAUGGUACCGUCCUGCCCGAGACUCCUCAGAUCCAACAGAACAGUGAUGGAACGUACAAAACGCGUCACUUUCAUACUCUCAGCAUAGAGGAGAGAGAAAGAUCUGGACAAGUGCUGUGUGUGGCUCAACAACCUCAUGUUUCCCAACCAGCUUUGAGCUCCAUCGACCCAUCAGCUGCUGAUUCGUUAGUGCAGAAGCUCGUUCUGACUAAAUCUGCAAAAGCCUCAGUGGCAAUGAUGAUCAUCUCCCUGGUACUCGUUCUUCUGCUUUGCUUUGGCUUCUCUUGGAAGAGGAGAGAUGAGAAACAGAAAAGUUUAAGCGUGUCUUGUAUCAUCCUGCCCCCGAGGGUGGUGGUGGGACAAAAAGGCCGGGUCACCAUUAGUAUAGAAGGCAGGAGAGCAGAUCAAGUCCAAACUGUCUGGUUUCUCAACGAUGUCCCUAUAACAGAUACGUCUUAUACAGAAAGCAACAGCUCUAGGAUUCAUACACCGAGGACAUCGCGUCUAUCAGUACUGUCAGAAAAAGCCCCUUUGCUGACAUCAACUGCUUUGGGAUAUUACAAACUGCACACUCGGAAGCCCCUGCACUCGACUGGCCCCAACAAACAACUCCUUUCCUCCUUCACCUUCAUCCCUAACCUGUCUGUUCAUAAAGGGGCUGUCUUCAAAUGCCAAAUCUCCUAUAAAGGAAAAGACAAGAUAGUGAUGGAGAGAGUGUCAGAGAAGUUUACUGUUCUGUCUCCACCCGAGGUCUCAGAAAUCCAACUUUCCGAACCAAAUGAAGAGACAGGUAUUGUGGUACUGACCAUCGAAGCAUCCCACUUCCACCCUGACGUCAUCACCUUCCGCUGGUUCUGUGAAGGAGGAGAGUUGUGUCCUGUCGCUGUCCCAGCAGCCCUGGCAGCACCACGUCCUGAUACCCAAGGCUUCUUCUCAGCCCGGAGCCAGUGCAGGUUACCCAUGUCUGAGCUGGAAAGGGGAGUAACUGCAGUGUGGGUCACCGUCCAUCACAUGUCUCUUAAACAGCCAAUCACACGAAAGACCAGAGGGUUUACAAAGAAGCCCAUUGUUUCAGAAAUCAGCUGCGCCUCAAGGCCACAACAAGAGCAUUUAUCUCUGGCCUGUAGUAUCGCGAGUUUCUACCCUCCUGACAUUACAGUGAAAUGGCUGAAACAAACCAACAAUGGCGAGUUGGAAAUUAAGAAAGAGGAAGCACUGAUGGAAGUAUGGGGGCCGAUCCAGACACAGCUGAGGACUUUUCGAGCCAUGGCUGUGCUAACGGAAGUGGAGAACAAGCUGAAGGAAGUAGAUAAGGAAAGAAAUAUUGUGUGCAGAAUCGAGCACUGCUCUCUGCUCGAGCCCAUAGAGCGAGUCUGGACAAACUCUCACUUUGUGGCUCCCUCCAUCCCUCCAUCCUUGUCUGUUAGCUGGAAUAAUGAUGGUGUAGGGGUGUUUUCCUUGUGCCUGUCUGGUGGCUUUCCACAUCCCAAGCUGCAGUGGGCUGCAGGGGGUGACACUUUCAUCCCACUCAUCUCCAGAGAGACAGAGAAAGUGACAGACAGAGAAGGAAGAGAGCUACACAGUGUCUGUGCUUUGGUGAAGUGUGCAUUACCGCAAGGAAAUGAAGCCAACUUUCAAAAUCUGUACAAUACUCAGUGUCCAGUAUUGCAGAGUGAAACAAAUGACAGUGAACGAGGACAAAAGCAGCAAACAGAAAGUGCUGCAGAGACACCAGACUUGACACAGGAGACCACAAGGGAAGCUGUGCAGACCGAACAUGAGUCUUUGUACAUAAACACCGUAUAUGUGGUGGGAAAAGGAAAACGGGUAGAGAGAGAGUGCCUGAGAGUCACAGUGGAGAUUUCCCAUCCUGCACUUCCUCUGCCUGUGUACUGCACCUGGACAGAGCCUGGAGAGAACAGGAGGCUCGUACAGGAGUAACAUUGAAGUAAAAUUAUGUAAAUAAAUAUAUAAAUAAAAUGUUUUUUUUUUUAUUUGCUUCUUUUUAACUCAUUAUGUUUAAAACUUACAGCAUGUGUUUUAAUUUAUAUGUGUGUGGAUUUUUAUUUCUAACAUGAUAUAUUUGUUUUAGUUAAAAAAUAACUUAUUUUUGUGUCUGUUAAUUUAUAAAGAACAUUCUGAACAUUCAACUUUUCAAUGGUGAUGUGUUUUAAUGUGUAACACUCCUGUAUGAGGGCAGUGUGUAUGUGUUGGGGUUCAGGGACUGGGUGGUUUAGGGCAUGUUAGGGCAAUAAAGCUUUGCAAAAAUGUAGAAUUUGGAUCUAAAGUGCCUUUCUUGGAUCACGGUGAACUGGAAAGUGGAAGUUGUUGUUUAUGAAGCAUCAAACUGAAUGAAAGUAGCAUAACUGAUAAAAAAAAAUUAGUUUUGAAAAAUGAGUUUAUUAAAAUGCUUUGUUUAAUAAACAUGGAUAAACUGAAAAAUGCAAAUAAAAACA